AUAAAAAAGUACUGAACACGUGGCAGCACACACACGUGGAUCUAGCAAAGCUCCUCUUGGAUGCACAGUGAAUUCUAAUGUCCUGGUUUUGGAAUCGAGGUACUAGCAGUCCCCAAGAUGGAGAAUUCUUUCCUCCAGCUGGAUCUGGAUCUGCAGGAAAGGAUGGUGAUGAUGCUCCUCCUAUUUCUGAAGAAAGCAAGAAGUGGGUAGGGUUUGAUCCGACUGGAUUAGAAAGGGCGGCCAAGGCGGUACGGGAACUGGAUUCUUCUCCUAAUGCAAAGCAUGCUCUAGACUUGGCCAAACUACAAGAGCAAACAGUGCAGUACAAGCAUCAAGAAGAGAUAAGAAAACAAGAAGCUGCGAUACGUCAGUGGGAAAGUGAGAGGUCACGAGUUGAACAGGAGGAGAAGAGGAAGACCCUGGGGGCAGAAACACAACAGCAUCAGGAGAGGGCAAAGUACCAAGACCAGCUGGCCAGGCGACGCUAUGACGACCAGCUUUUACAACAGCGUCAGAUGCAAGAGGAGAACUUAAGAAAACAAGAAGAGUCAGUGCAGAAACAGGAAGGCAUGAGGAGAGGGACAAUUGAGUACGAGGCAGAACUGAGGCACAAGAACGAGAUGUCCAGAGUGCAGGCGGAGAUACAGGGAAAAACUAAGAUGGAGAGAGAGAACCAGGACCUGGCACUGGAGCAGAUACGACUCAAGUCUUCAGAGCAGAGGACCACUGUGCUGCAGAGCAUCAAAGCUGCGGGCACUCUGCUAGGAGAGGGAGUUAGUAACUUUGUCACUGAUUGGGACAAAGUCUCAGCAACUGCUGCUGGUCUCACACUCAUAGCGUUUGGUGUAUACACGGCUAAGAUGGGCACUGGGGUGGUGGCAAGAUUCAUUGAGGCACGACUGGGCAAGCCGUCUCUCAUCAGGGAGACCUCACGUCUGUCACUGUUCCAGUCUAUUAGACAUCCGGUGAAGGCUACAAAGAAACUGUUUAAACGACCUUCUGACCCCCUGGCUGGAAUCGUUUUUGAGUCCAGUCAUGAGGAGCGUCUUCGCUCGCUGUGCAAGGCCACCAUCAACACACGGCAGAACGGAGGUCUCUAUCAGAACGUUCUCAUGUAUGGGCCCCCAGGCACUGGCAAAACUAUGUUUGCCAAGAGUCUGGCGGUCCACUCUGGAAUGGACUACGCAGUGAUGACUGGUGGGGACAUUGUACCACUGGGCAGUGAUGGAGUGACGGCCAUCCACAAAGUGUUUGACUGGGCGAAUGCAAGCAGAAAAGGGGUACUACUGUUUGUGGAUGAGGCUGAUGCAUUCUUGAGAAAAAGGAGUGAGGUGUCCAUUAGUGAGGACCUGAGGAGCACUCUCAAUGCAUUCCUCUACAGAACUGGAGAGUCUUCAAGAAAAUUCAUGUUGGUGUUAGCAAGUAACCAGCCGGAUCAAUUUGAUUGGGCAAUUAAUGAUCGUCUUGACGACCUUAUCCCCUUUGAUCUCCCAGGGGAAACUGAGAGACUCAGAAUGCUUAAACUUUAUUUCAGUCUGUUCGUUCUUGCUCCACCCAGAGUCACCUGGUGGAAAACACCGAAGAGCAUUCCGUUACAAGAAGGGGUGGACUGGGAGAGGGAAAUUGAGCAGAUCUCAAAGAAUAUUAUUGGUUUCUCUGGAAGGGAGAUCUCGAAACUGGCCAUCUCUUGGCAGGCAAGAGCAUUUGGGUCCAGUGAAGGUGUCCUUACCAAGGAGAUAUUGGACCACUGUGUGAAGGAGAUGCUUGCACAACAUGAACAGAAAGUACGCUGGCAGAAGGGACAUUAGAAUAACAGACAGCUUCUAGCGUGUGGACCCUAGUUUCAUAUUUAUGUGACUUAUUGAGUUUUUUUUAUUCUGUAAGAUUUUAUGCACUGGAUAUCACUGGUUGUGUAUAUAAUUAUUGAUUGCUGCAAUUAAUGCAUAUGCUAUGCAGUGACUGCA